AUGGACCCUUAUCACACCAACACCAAACAAUCAAGUUCAGACUCCUAUACCAGCACUGGUUCCCACAGCACCAAAACCAAUAGAAACAAGUCCAAGAACUCCAAUCAAUCAGACACAAACGAUGUUCAACCCACAAAGACACACAAGGGAAAGGUCUUUCAAUGCACCGGCUUUGGUGACUGUCGCAUGGUCUUUACACGUAGCGAGCAUUUGGCUCGUCAUGCUCGAAAACAUACUGGUGAAAAGCCCUUCCAAUGUGUAGUAGAUGGAUGCACUCGAAUGUUCAGUCGCUUUGACAACAUGGUGCAGCACACUCAGACUCAU